AUGCUUCGAAAUUUUCAUGCUCACUACGGGGCCAUUCCAAACUUUGAAAGUGUCCGCAUGCCCUCCGCCUUCAAAGCCCCAAGAAGCCGGUUGGAACCAUUGGAACAUGCUCACUUAAAGGUUAAGCUUAAACGGGAAGCCCGCCAGUGCAGGUCGCACAGGUUAGAAUGCCCCAGCAGACCAUCAAGGGAGGAGAAAGCACAGAUCCGAGAGGUGGCCCCCCCCAGUCCCACCCCACUUCCUCACGCCGCUUGGCCUGGAUUGUUUUCGACGGCGAGCGAUAACUGGUUCGCGGCGGCGUGGUGGUGCCACCUGCGGCGAGCGACUCCGAAGCUACGAUUCGUUACUUUCGAGGCCGACAGGGAUCCGGUUCCGGGAGAAAAGUUGAUCCGGCAUAUCGGAUUAUGUAAUUAUCACCUCUGGCCCUGA